UAAAAAAAAAAAAAACAAGUCUUGUGCACAAUCUUUUUCUUGCUUGUUCAACUAAAAAAUGAAAUUUUUGGUGUUACUGUUGACAAUCCUACCCAUUUGGUCUAGAGUGCAAGCUCGAUCAAACUCUCGCAUUAUUGGUGGCCAAGCAGCAAUCGCAGGCCAAUUUCCAUAUGCCGCAGCCAUUUACAAAACCACUGAAACUGGUAAAUAUUUCUGUGGUGGGGUUCUUGUGAGUAGUGAAUGGGUUCUAACAGCCGGGCAGUGUGUCGAUGGAGCUAUCCUCUUUACAAUCUAUUUGGGUACCACAAAGCUGGAAGAACCCGAUUCUACUAUUGUCACAGUUUCAACAGAUACCUACGUUCUUCACCCUGACUACAACCCAGAAACAUUAGAUAACGACAUCGGUCUGAUUAAACUCCGGCUACCAGUUUCUUUCAGCAUUUACUUGGACAAAAUUAAUCUUCCUAGUCAAAUUCUUAUCAGUGGUGAAACAAGUCGAGCUUAUGGCUGGGGUCAAGUUAGCGAUGAUGAUGCAGGUGUUGCGGAUCAGUUGAACUGGGUGGAAUUAAGUGUACUAUCCAACGAAGAAUGUAAAAUAACAUAUGGGAACCAAAUUACAGAUAAUAUGGUGUGUUUGAGUGGUAAUUAUAAUGAAGGUGCAUGUGUGGGUGAUACGGGAAGUGCUGCAAUACAGCAUGCAGGCAGAGGCUGGACCAUCGUAGUGGGUAUAUCCACUUUUGUUAGCGGAAAUGGGUGUGAAAGUACUGAUCCCUCUGGAUAUACUAGAGUUUAUCAUUAUAAUGACUGGAUUAGAAAUGUUACAAGUGGCUAGUAUAAAUAAAAAAAUGUUUGUGGAUA